AUGGCUGUAUUCACGAAUCAGUACUUGUCGUGGUUCGAUUACCUGAGCCCAUUGGUGACUGUGCUAUGGUUUUUGGGCGUCACCUGGUUCCUCUCCAUGACGAUCAUCCAGCAUUGCUUCAUCGAUGCUCAGCCUCCCAAGCAGCCGCCGUUCGGAACAAUCGUGGGCCGCCACAGCUUCCUGAACAAGAAGCGGCGACCCGUCGGCCGGAAGAAAUACGAAGGCGCCAGCAGCGAGAAAGCC